CAAACUGACCAGAUGAACUAGUUAGCUACGGCCCCUCGUGUAACCUUAAUGCGUGACGUUGAAGGAGCGAGCUGAGGUUUAGGUGCUAACGUUAACGUUACUUGUUUAUCUCCAGAAGAAGGCGAAGUACGCUAACGUUACCUAUUGUGAAUUUCAAUCUCAAGGCAUUUUUGGGACAUGUGGUUAGCUAGCCGAGAUUAUCCACCAACCAGUAGUUUGCAGUCGGGCUGAAAACCACAGUUUAGCCCCUGGUGGUAAAAGGGCUUUAGCUAACGAGUAUUCACUGAUGCAUUGGGAUUAAUUUUAAAGAGCAGGAGUUAGCGUCGCAGCUAAACUGUUAACGUUAACCGUUCCUAGUUGAUCCUUCCACUUGAAGUAUUUGGAGCUGCUCUAGUCUUGUUUACUUGACGGCGGACAUUGAACAGGAGAGAGAGGCCGCUGCUCCUUCUCGACCGGAGACACGGUCAGUCAGACAGAUGUGAAUAUUGUGAUGUGACUUGAAAACUCCUUCAAGAUCCUCCAUCUAGGAGGCCAAUGUGGGUGUGCUGGACUUUGCACCUUAUCUAAGGAACAACACUCUCUGACUUGAAGUCCCCAGGGUGCAGGCCGCAGUCAUGUUCUGGAAGUUUGACCUGCAUACGGCAUCUCAGGUGGAGAAGCUGUUGGAGAAGGAGGAUGUUACUCUGAAGGAGCUGCUGGAUGAGGAUGAUGUGCUGCAGGAGUGUAAAGCUCAGAACCAGCGCCUCUUACUCUUCCUCACACAGGAUAGCAGCCUGCUGGAGCUCAUCAGCCUCAUCACACAUGAGCCCCCUACUGACCGGGAGGAGAAACUGCGCUACAAAUAUGCCAACACAGCGUGUGAGUUGUUGACAUGUGAUGUGUCCAUCAUUAAUGACAAAGUAGGCGGAGACGAUUCUCUCCUGAAUGCACUUUACAACUUUCUAGAGCAGGACCCACCUCUUAACCCCCUGCUUGCCUCCUUCUUCAGCAAGACUUUUGGCAGUCUGAUCAGCCGCAAGACAGAGCAGACAAUCAGUUUCCUGAGGAAAAAGGAUGGAUUUAUUACGUUGGUGUUGAAGCACAUGGACACUUCAGCUAUGAUGGAUCUGCUGCUGCGGCUCAUCAGCUGUGUGGAGCCUGCUCCCCUCAGACAGGACGUCCUAACUUGGUUGGAUGAGGAGAAGCUUAUUCAGAGACUGACAGAGUUGAUUAACCCCAACAGUGACAAUGAGAGGCAGUCCAAUGUGUCUCAGACGCUGUGCGACAUCAUCCGCAUGAGCCGUGAUCAGGCCAGUCUGCUGCAAGAGCCUACAGAGCUGGACCCUCUGCUCACUACACUGGAGCUACAGCAGAGUGUGGAGACCCUCUUAAAGAACAUGUUUGAGGGAGAGAAGAGUGAAGUCUGCAUCAUUAAUGGAACUCAUGUUUUACUUACGUUAUUAGAGACGCGGAAACCUGGAGUGGAGCUGAUAGACCCAGCAUCUCAGGGGUUGGAAAAGUCUUACACUGUAAACAACAGCAUCUUACUGGGCAUUCAGCCUUAUCUAAAGCAUUACCGCCACCUCCUGCUGAACCCGCCUAAGAAGUGCAGUAUGCUGACGACUUUGGGCAUUUUAGAGGAGCCCUUUGGGAAUGCUCGGCUGCAUGCCUGCAGACUUGUAGCCGCACUGCUCAACACUACAGCUCCCAGAAUCCACUAUGAGCUCUGCCAGUUGGACAUGGUCAACCUGAUACUGGAUCUGUUCUUUAAAUUCACAUGGAACAAUUUUCUCCAUGUUCAAGUGGAGCACUGUGUAUCUGCCAUUCUUCAUCAAGCAAUACCAGAGGGGACAGCACAGGACAGUCCUGAGCCAGACCAACCAGAAAACAAAGACAUAGCGCACGCUUGCAAUGAGGGUAUACAAAACUCAGACAAGUCUGACAUGUUGUCACACCAAGACCUGGUAAAGCAUCUCUUUCAGAAGUGCAGGCUGGUCCAGAGAAUUCUUGAUGCAUGGGAGGAGAAUGACAAAACACAGGCUGAGGGGGGCAUGAGGAGAGGGUACAUGGGACAUCUUACCAGGAUAGCCAAUGCUGUAGUGCAGUGUGCGGAGAAAGAGCCAGCACAAGCUCAGAUCACGCAGCUUAUAAACGAAUUACCUGAGGACUAUAGAACACGCUGGCAAAAUUUUGUGGAUGAAACACUAGCAGAGACCAACAAGAAGAAUGCAGUGGACCUGGUAUUUUCAGAUUACCAGAUCCAGCAAAUGACAGCAAACUUUGUUGACCAAUUUGGAUUCAAUGAUGAUGAGUUUGGAGAGCAUGAUGACAGUAUCAAUGCAACAUUCAGUCGAAUUGCAGGAAUCAACUGUAGCCUGGUGGAUGAGGGCCCCACUCCUGGAGCCUUUGAAGCCUGUGGUAAGGAGAAAAUUCGGCAGUUUGACGAUGCUGAUGAGGAGGAAGAUAUUUGGGAGGAUAAAGAAAUCAACUAUGCAACACAAGUGAAAUCCAGAACAAGGUUUGGGGUAACAUCAAGCACCCUAAAGAGUGAGGGUGAGGGUGGAGCUCGAAGGUGUCUGGGCUCACCUGACUUGGAGCGAUUUCCAGAGCCUAAGCAGAUUCCAGACAACAACCAAGGCCAGGAAAUGGGCACACAAGCAAGCUCCCCACAGAGUCCAGGCUGGGUGGCAAGUUUUGAAGAUGACUUUAACUUUAAGGCUGAUUUUGCAAGCGUUGCUAUGGACACAGGUUCUGGGGUGUGGGGUAGCUCAACAGCUCAGCUGAGUGACAGUGAGGAGAAGGGCUGGGCCACAUUCACUGACUUUCAGCCUUUCUGCUGCUCUGACUCUGGGCCCAGAUGCAGCUCUCCAGUAGACUCAGAAAAUCAAGGAACACAAAACCAAGACAAAGAUGUGAAGGGCUCAGCUGCGUGUGUGUGGAGUGUGUGUGGAUCGAGGAAGGCUCCUCUGGUGGCGUCUGACAGCAGCUCUAGUGGUUCCGAUAGCGAGGAAGAGGAGGAGAGGAGUGAGAUUGUCCUGGAGACGAUUACUACUGGCAGUGGCAAAGAGACUGGCAGAAUCACUAUGGAGGCCAAAAAUGAGAAGGCACUCUUCACCAGUGAAGCUGAUGCCAAAACAUCAAGUGGCAUGACAGCAGGCACAACGAUGUCCAUCACAGAUACUCCUCCCCCUAAGGAGCAGAAAGCAGACUAAAGGCAAAAACCCAAAUAGUAAUGACCAAGUGUGACAAAAGCUGUCAGUAUUUCAGAGCCACCUUAGUGUUCUUGUGUAUCAGAUCCACCUGUGAAAUAUCUAAUGCCUUGUUUUCACAUUUUCCCAGAGCCCCCAAGUUUCUUUUAGUCCAGCUUCAAGUCAAGCCUCUUUGAAAUCUGACCUAUUGCAUAGCAGCUGCUAGCCUGAAUGCAGUCAUGCCAGGCAAAUGCAGGUUUAGGAUUCUUCCGUUUGCUGUCAAUAUUGCUGUGUUACUAACAGUAUAGCAAUGUUGCUAAGGGCAGCUUACCACAGCUGUGACAUACUCAAUUCGCAGUCCUUGAGGGCCAGCCACUACUUUUAUCCUCCUCCCUUUUUUGUCCGAGCCAAGCUAACCAGUGCACUUCCAAUCCAGAACACCAGUGGAAAUAAGGCAUAAGGGUGUGGUUUUACUUCAGCUGUUCAGCUCAAGUCCAAUCCUUACAAGCUCCUUCAGGAUUUUCUUGCACUUCUGCUGUCUGUCCCCAUUAGCCACUUAAAUUCAGUUUUAUUUGGUACAUCGUUACAACCUAAACUAACCUCCACAGGAACUAGAUAAGCGACAUCUGGCCUCUUCCUUACAACAGAUAGGUACAUUUUCCACUAAAAUUCUGUGGGCCAGCUCCUUCCACUACUUUGUGUGAGAGAGAGAGAGAGAGAGAGAGAGAGAGAGAGAGAGAGAGAGAGAGAGAGGUAGAAGACAUUUUGGAUAGACUAUGAGGUUUACUCAGUUUAGAAUGCUGUGUCUAUAAUGCAAUAAGGUUGCAUUCUGUAGCUAGUAUUAGGAAUUGCAGAUUACAUACUCUUUUUUUCAGUACAUGAUAGCAUCACUGUUUACCCAUAAAUAAGUCCAUGAAGUAGUGUGUGUGUGUAUUUAUUUCAGGUCCUUUCUGGAUCUAUAUCUGGUCAGGUCCAUGGGCUCAGUGUUUAAUUUCAUAAUUGUCUAAUCUUUCUUAAUCAGUGUCUCAAAGAUUUCAACUUGCACAGAAUUCCUAUUCGUAACACUAUUCUCAGUCACCUUCAUCCAAAAAAAUCCUUUUCAUACUGUGUCUCACUCACACACGCAUACACACACAGAAUAGCUGGAGGAGUAUGUAGUUGCAGCUUGUUUGCUCAGGUAUGAUGAUGAUUUGUGUAUCUCUCUUAGCUCUUAAAGACUUUGGUCAAACAGUGCAUACUUUCUCUAUUUAAUUACUUCAAAUACUAUUUUCAAAGUAGUAUUUUAAAGGUUGCACAUUCUAUCAACAGUAAAUAGAUUGAUUUAAUAUCAAUGAUAAACAUGCUAGUUGCAAUUCUGAAUUCCUGUUUUACACGUUGUUAGGCUAAGAAUGUGGAUUGUAAUUGAAAAAUCACAUUCUGUAGAGCCUAAUAUAUUGAGACAGACAUUUUCAAAUUUAAAAAGAUAGAUAAAAAUACCAUGUUAUGUAAGUAAGUAAGUCAAUUUUUUUUAUUAAUUAUGUCUUGUAUUGUUUUCAUUCAUCUGCAGCCAGUAAGUUGAAAGGUAAAUAAUUGAAACGGUUUUGUUUAAUUGUAAAAAUAUAUAUUUCGAGCACUUCCUGCAUAUCCAGUUUGUAAAUGUCAAGAAGGAUUACAGUACAGUCAGAAGUAAUAUUUGGAAAAGACUGAAGACUGAAGAGAAAGAACAAACAGAAAUAUGCCACUGACCCAUGUUGACUGACCCUUGCUUUAGGUAUGCCUUUUCCAUGGCAGGUAUUAGUAAUUACUGUGUGAUUGUUGCUUUUAUUUUGUUGUGUAUGUAACUUAACAUACAGUAUAUAUAUUUUUUAUGAGGAGUUACUUGCAAAAUACAAAGCUUUGGUGUGUAUGAGAAUUUAGAGGCAAUAACAAGGUUUGAGUGCUUUAGCUGUUCUGAAACUUUUUCUUCUAGCUUUGCUUUCACAACUGUCAAACACACUGCAUUUUCUGUUAAAUUACUUGAUACUUGAUUGUGUACAUGCAAAUUCACUCUAUCAGAAGCUCAAUCCGUGCAUUUUGAUUUUUUGCACUUUUGAAAACUUGAUUUUUGAUACCAAAAGCUGUACGAUGAUGAUGAUGGUGGUGAUGAUAAUGAUGGUGACAAUGAGAGAGCUUUUUCACUGUGUUAUGCUACUAUGUACAUGGUUGAAAGUUUGCAGACACUUUAUUUUGUAAUUAAUAUGCAGGUGUGUGUGUGUGUGUGUGUGUGUGUGUGUGUGUGUGUGUGUGUGUGUGUGAGUGUCUAACAGAAGGUGUGGUUCAUCAGACCCAGGCCUUGUGUUUGAAUG